UGAAAGGGAUAACGCAGAGGAUGCCGCACACACACACACAGCCGUAGACACGUGUGCCCGCGUGUGUAGAGGUGUGUGUGGUAUCGAGGUGUGUGUGUAUAUAAAAUGAGAGGCGAUGCAGGGCAGCGCAGACAGGGCGCGGAUUAAGCAUCGACCAGCACCGGGUGUCUGAUUGACACGAGGAGAGACGUGAGACGUGGAGAUACAGACACGCAUCUCUGAAGAACGGGCGGCCGACAUGCCUUGGUGACGCCUCCCAGGGGGUGGCGAUGCUCUUCACCGAUGGACGCGAACGCUGACAACGUAACGGCCCCGAGUGCCGUUGCGCCGACCGUGCCCAACGGCUACGCGCUGCUGCUCGUGCUGCUCUCCGUGUUCGUGGGGGGUGGCCUCGUCAUUGUCUCCAGCCUCUUCAUCAUCUGCCGCCAAUGUUGCCGGGGCGGCCGCCGCUACACCAGGGCCGACGAUGAUGCUGAGAAAACCACGACGACGUAUGUGGACGAGACGCAGCACCCACGCGAGAUCGCGAUCAAGAUAACCGGCGUGGACGAUGACGACGACGACGGCGACGACGUGGAGGGGGGCCGGUGUGGCGAGGGGGGCGGCUCCGCAUGGAGCGGGGGGGCCGACCCAGAGGCGGAGCGCUUCCUGUCGUCGGGCGCCCCCACGCGUCGCGUCUCCUUCAACGAGGCGGCGCUCUUCGACAGCGACAAGAAGGCGCAGGAGAAAGGCCGACGGUUCACGCUGACCGAGGGCGACUUCCACCACCUGAAGAAUGCGCGCCUCACGCCGUUCGUGCGGCCGCCCUCCAUGAAGAUAGUCACCAUUCCCGAGUGGGACGGCGCCACCGACCCCGCGCUGCCGGGGCCCUCGGCCGCCGUGCCGCUCACACCGCGGCCGUCCCAGCGUGACCUCAACCUCCCCCUCCUGCAGCCCUCGCCAUUGCCGUUCCGCGGGGCCGAGUUCUACCUGCCUGGUGACGCCACCACCACCACCACCACGAGCCAGGGCGGCGGUGUCGGCGGCUGUGCUCACACCGGGGCGGCCGCUGCCGUAGCGCCCCCCCACCACGAUGCGCUGCACGCCUCCCCGCUGAGCGCGGACGAGACGGCGGACGCCGAGCAGAGUGCGGAGAGCAAGUGCGGCAGCUUGGUGCACCACUUUCUGGCGCGGCUGCGGCGCCACGCCAGCGUGGAGGCCGGCAGCCCCCGCUUCAACAUCCGCAAGUGGCGCCUGGACAAGAGCCGGCGCGCCUCGAGCCUCGACACGCGCGGCUCCCCGCGGCGGCGGCAGUUCCAGCGGCAGCGCGCGGCGAGCGAGAGCACGGAGCGCUCGGCGCACGACCCGCACCACACCGACAUCAUCCACUACAUCGCGCACGCCGAGCGCCUCGCCUUCCUGCAGCCGCCGGCGCCGCAGGCCGAGGCGGCCGGCGGCACCGGCAGCAGCACCGGCGACGGCACCGGAGGGGUGGCCGAUGACAAAUUUGCGACCGUGGCCACCGCGGCCGAGAACGCGGUGACGAUCGUCGCCGUCGUGGCCGCCGCCUCCCCCUCCUCCUCCUCACCGGGGCCUCCCCACCCAGCUCCGGAGGCGGCGUCCGAGUGUGAGCGCGCGAGCAGAUCAGAUGGUGACGUGGGGGCCGCGGGCUCCGACGCGACGUCCGCGCCGCGCGACCUCUGGAGCCUGCGCGCGUCCUUCGAGCUCUACGCCUCGUCAGAGCGCAGCAGCAGCAACGACCGCGACUCAGUGCGCAGCGACGGCGAGAGCGUGGGCUCGGCCGGCGCGCCCGGCGCCGGCCAUCUCUCCCAGGACUUCUCCCAGGACGAGGGCCCCGGCUGCCCCGCGAGCGCCGCCGGCAACGGCAAGAAGGAGCCGCGGCAGGAGAGCACCGAGUCGGAGCGCAGCUGUGGCACGGACGGCGAAGCCGGCGCCAGGAAGCUGCUGCAGAUGGACAGCGGCUACGCCUCCAUCGAGGCGCCGCUGCGCUGCCUCCACGAGGAGAAUGGGCGCAAGCAGCAGCAGCGCACCGCCUCGGAACGCCGCUGGCAUUUCAGCUCGGGCCGCACUGACACGGUGUUCGAGAGCCUGGACGCGGAAGAGCCGGAGGCCGGGGCGGCGGCGGCGGCGGCGGCGGCGGCGGCGGUGGGGGGAGGAGGAGGAGGGGGAGACGCUGGCGUUGCGAGCCGCCCCCUGGAGCGAGCGGCACAGGCGGCGGGCGGCCCGCGUGGCUUUCUGCGGCGCCGCGAUUACAGCAUCGACGAGCGCUCGGACGCGCUCUUCCGUGAGUUCCUGCGCCACGACCCGCAGUACGACGAGGCUCCCUUUGGCAAGGCCAAGCACCGCUCGCGUGCGCACCUGCGCAAGCAGUGGCAGCGUUCCAAGCAGUACAGCGACCCCGGCGUGCGGCACGGCAUGAACUUCUCGGCGAGCUUCGAGCGGCACCGCGCGCCGCUGCGGCGCGGCAACAGCGUCAACUACCCGUCGGACGGCCGCUACUACGCCACGCUGCCGCGCAUCGUCAGCGCCGGCGACGAGGAGGCCACCGACGCCGUGGCCGCCGCGGCUGCCGCGGCCGCUGCGGUUUCGGCGGCCGUCGAAGCAGCGAAGCGCUCCUCGCCCGUAGAGGAGCCCGACCGGGGGUGCGCUGCCCGCGACCGUUGCGACACCGGGGAGCCCGCUGACACGGAGCCGGGCGACGUGAGCGCGGGAGACUGCGGGAGCCCUCCCCCCGGUGGCGACGGCGGCGGCGACGGCGGCGGCGGCGACGGCGGCGGCGGCGACGGCAAGGAUGGCGUGGGCCACGGCUACGGGCCGCAGAUGAUAUCGGUGUACGGUGUCGGGGGAGACAAAGCGGCGCCUCUGCUUGAGGAGCGGCUCUACCUGGCGCUGAGACAGUCCAAGGAGAGCCUGGUGCAGGCCAUCACAGCCACGGAUGCCCCCCCCGAUCACAGUCCCGUGUGACCUGCCCCCUUUUCUCCACCGCCCCGCACCCCCCACCCGCCCGCUGGACAGAACGAUGGGUGCAUUCUAUUUGAUUAUGAUCAUCAUUAUAAUAAUAAUUAUAUGUACACGCUCGAUAACUGAAGUGAUUGCCGGUCUGCUUUGCUGGCUGCGCGCCCUCUGACCGGGGGCCAGAUUCACGCCGUCCGGCUUGAGCCGUCGCACAGCGGCGGAGGAGACGUCAUCGCGGUUCCCACCGGCGUCGAGCCAGCGGGGCCCUGGGGCAGGUGCACGAAUCCCGGGGUGCCCCGCGCGUCACCGUUUGGUUCUCCGUUCACGGCUCAACGUUUUUCGUAACAUUUGAGUUGGUUUGCAUCUUAAUUACAUAUGCCAUUGAUUUGUAAUGAAUUUUGUUUAUAUUUUUGAAAUUUUAAUUUAUUUUAGCUAUUUAUUGAAAGAGUUGUGCCAAUAAAAGAAUAGCAGGUUAAUAUUCUAAAGCAUUUUGUUUUACUGUGGAGCGCAUAAAUGUUCCUGUACUUCCAGAGAAGGCCCAGCAAGGGAUGGGACUGGGCAGAUCACAAAGCUCGAUACGAUGCCGAAACAAGCUCCAAAAAUAUUUUCAGGCGAUGCGGCGUCUCGUUUACAAAUUCACGAGUUGCCCAUCUUAACUUACAUUCCGUUUCACUUUCUUUCCCGAACGUGCCAAAUUUUACACAUAAAACGUGGUCACUAAUCUGAUCCGCCUACAAAUGUGCAUUUUAAUUGCCACUAAGUCUAAUCUUACACAGAAGCUGUUUUACUUUUUCCCCCAUUUUUUUUCCACCAAUCACUACUCAAAGUUCACCGUUCGAAUACCUCCGCACCUCUGGGACCACUAACAGAAGGGGGGGGGGGGGGGGGAGACAAACGUCGCGGGACCCGGCUACGAUUUUGCAUUUGUCUCGUUUUCCGUCGUUUGUGUAAUCCCCAUCCGUUUCCAUCCCACGGUGUUGCGAUCGGUCUCCCGUCUCCCUCCCCUCGUGCACUAUAACCCCCGGCAGCUUCUCAAAACGUUUACGACGAGCACGCCCGCAAACGUACAGCCAUUCCGAUCAUCGCUCUGGCUUUACAUUCCCCUCCUACUCCUCCUCCCCUCGUAUAAUGAGGGCCACCCACCUCCACCAACACCCUCUUCUCUCUUCCAAGACAAAGUUGAGUGCCGAUGAAAAGGGCCCUAUCGUGGCGGUUAACGUGAAGGGUAACUCUGUUACAAAAGCGGAGGACCCCACAGACACUCCCCAAACCUCAAUUCCGCGUGACCACUUGUGGCUGGACGUUCUUAGUAGGGGAGCGGUGGCUACGAACCUGGUGACCCGAGUUCGAAUUCCUGCUCACGACCAACACCAGUGACGAUUGUCUGAAUCGGUCCUGAGCCUCUCCUGGGUCGACUCGGCCUCAAAUUAGUACCUGGUGCGGUGUGUAAACAUCGCCACUGGGAAGACAAAGGUGGCCCCACCCAACCCCUCGUGUGCCGCACUGGCCUUCAUCGGUGCUCGCUAACAGCACUUGCCCCAUAAGUCUGCUUUGCAGACACGGCGCCGGCCACCACUGCUCUUUCUAACGCACUUAUGGACGUGCGGUCUUCGCGAAUCAAAUCCAAGUUUGAUGAAAGCAGAAAAUCCCACAAUGGUCAAAAUGUAUGAGAAUGCCUUUAAUUUUAAAUUGCAACGUUCAAUGGAAGGAAUCGUUUUCACUGUUAUGGAGAUCACGGCUCUCUCCGGCGCGUGGAUUUUGGGUUGUUCCGCGAGUUGUCCGCCACGGUGUCCAGGCACUUCGCUCCGCGUGUUGGCAGCUUCGGUUUAGUUCCUGAAGCUCCCAGCACAUGCGGCGAAACGUUGGACAUCGUACCGAACGACGAGCAGAAAGCACAUCGGAGAGCUAUUGCAGCUUGAGCGGGACGAGGCAGCAGGACAGCGAUCGCAGCUGGUGCAGCCGUCGCAGCUGGUGCUGCAGUGCUGGUCCUCAGGCACUCUGUUCGUAGCAAUCAAAAUCGACGUCUACCCUCCACAUGCGUGCAUCGAUCAUUUUAAGAUGUAUGCAUAUUAUAUCGCUUGAUGUUAAAUUCAGGCUAAUUGAUCUAAAGACAGAAAUGUUUUUCAACAAACAAGAUGUUCAAACAAGACCGAUCAGAAUUCAAUAGAAUAGCAAAAUGCGAAGCAUUUAUGCUUCCCGGAACCGAGGGAACGACAUUGUAAUGAUUAAUCUGCCGAUAGUUCCACCUGGUGGAACUGUGUGCUCUGCCACGCUACAGAGGGUGUCUAACAAACACGCAAUCCGUCUGCACCGGCCAUUUGAGAAUGCAAUGAAACCCAUAUAUUUGGCACUGUCAAAUUGACAUAACCUGAUCAUCGUACCCAAUUGCUUUUAUAAUUGCUGCAUUUUCAAAUGAAUGUCUGCAUGGUUGAUUUGAACUGGCACUGUGCCUAUGAUUACCGCGGGCUUUCGACUGUGAUCUGUAAACGCCGACAUGAUUCCAGUCACAAUAACAACCUUAAGCUGCCGACCCAAUCAUCUCCCCGUUUUGUUUUCGGAGUAAUUUUUUUACGAACUAAAAUGCAAACAGUGUACAGGAAGUAAUCAAUAAGUGCACGCUAAGACACAGUAAUCCGAUGGCACACUUGGAAAAUGUAAUAAUACAGGAUUACCGUGACCAGCCCUCGCUAAUCUUGUUACAGAUUUCCAAAGCGCUCAUGCAGAUUACCAAAGUGCUCAAGGAUGGGGGGGGGGGGGGGUGACCGACAGAGGAAUUGGAAUUAUCUCCACGAAUCCGGUGACCAAAGGGGUAGGGCCGAGAGCCAAAUGGCGGGAGACGGUCAGCGCAGACCUUGGCACCAGCAACGUUGGCCGUGAUGAUGACGUCUUGACCCCAGAGGAGCCCCUUCGUGGGUCACGCGCCGCAGCUCGAUCACGAUCACACGGUGAUGGCGGUGGGAGGGGGCUUCGGAGUCGGAGGGGAUCAUGGACAUGGCGGGCUCGGCAGAGUCGCUCCGUCGCUCGGCUCCCGGAGACCCACGGGGAAACGCGCCAUGUGGAGUAACGCAGGAUUCAUACUCUUAGGUUUUUUCGGUAAAUUCACGUGACUUUACCGAAAAAACCUAAGAGUAUGAAUCCUUGCAGUCACGAAAGCUUCAAAUCUAGAAUUAACGCAGGAUUCUCGCUCGGGAAAUUACCGCAGACUGGACCGGUUAAAUCCUUGAAUUUCCCAUAGGGGAGUUAUCAAAUAUCUGUGCUUGUCAAGUUCGUGUUUUUGGCCAUGUGACAUCGUGCACCAAGUGCAGACCGUUCUGUGCUGAUGCCAUAGCCCAAUUCCCUGCAACGAAUCGGUCUUUCAAAAGUAGUCCCCAAAUCAAUACAAAUAUUUACAGUAGAUCUACCAUGCGAAAGAGUUUAUGAACCUCGAGUGAGCUCUCACGCAGUCCUCUGUAAGUGGGAGUACACUGGGAGUCAUCUAAGAGUCACAUAAGCAUCGACUUGAAGUGAAACCCUUGGCUCUUCUCAACAAAGCCGAGUGUGUGUCUCUCAAGGCGGUGGCCUCAAGCGAAAUUUGAAGAGGUUUGAGACCUGGGGGUGGGGCGGGGGGGGGUCUCCUUGAGCCGAGUUUAUGAAACCUGCAGCCUUGCGUCCACUCGUCUGACGGAGCGGUUCUGUGCUGGAGUGGCGGUCGGAGGAGGAGGUCUGGGUUCUGGUGGCCCUUAGUGACUUGGGGUGGAGCCGAAGGGCCCUUGCGUGGGGCUCGCACAAACCCAAGUUUGCGACUUUAAGGCAUGCAGUCUAUGUUUACACUUGGUAGAUGUCGAUGAUGUAUAUGGGCUAUGGCUUGAUUCGAAUACAAUAUGUACAUAUUUAUUCCUAUAACUUAUUCAAAUUGUACUCUUGCGGUGAUGAGCUAAUUUUAACGUAGCAUCGUUGCGAUCACCGAUUUCGUUCGAAACUCGCAAACGCGUCGCGAGCGACGAGAAAGCGUUGAGACCCCUCUCCUCGGUCCAUAUCUUGAGUGUGUGAGGUGUGUUGGUGUGCUAGGAGAGGCUCUCGAUUUGUUAAGGCCCCCCCAUGAUCCACUGGGUGACACGGUAGCCGGCAACACAACAAGACCGACUUGGCUGCCAACAGAAUGGAGUGAAGCUGUUUUGUUUUCCACUUCGCCUUUAAAAAAAAACUUUUUUAUUGAACCCGCAAUCGCGAACGUCAUAUAACAGAGGGGGGCGAACAAACACACGAUUGCACAGAACACAAAUAUCCAGCAGGCGUCGGGGUCAGGAUCGAACCCACGGGCUCUUGCAUACCAAGCGAAGUAGUUAACAUCGCCUCGCUACCGUGAUGAUGAUGAGAGACGCAGAUUCCAAAUAUCCAGCAGGGGUCAGAGGUCGUGCGCGCAAUGUGAACCUGGGGCCAGCCGCAGCGCGUCGCUCGCCGCAGCCGUCACGUGACGCCAAUCUCCCAAUGGGCACGGGUUUCUCAGUUUCUCCUACUAGUUUCUCUACUAAAUAAUUAAGUAACUCCCCCGUGUGCCGCCUCUUUAUACUAAAUACGGUAAUACCCCGGUUUCCGUUGGGGAUGCGUUCCCGAAAGGUACCGACGGCGAGUAUCGAAGCGAUUGACGGGAUAGUCGGGGUGGUGGUGGGUGGUGGUGGGUGGAGGUGAAGGCUGAGAGGGGCGACAGAUAAGGCGAAAGGACGGACGGAUGAUACUGCCGGCGAAGUGAGUGUGGGCUUGAGGCCACGCAAAUCAGGCAGCAGCAGCGGUGUGAAUAAUAUAAAGUGGCGACGUUUUCAA